CCGACUACGACGACGCCAGGCGGUCGAUGUCACUUCUUUUCAAGCAUCUACGCGUCCACCAAGUGUUUGGCGCGAAUACAGACGUUGGAAAAACCAUAUUGACGUCGGCGCUGGCUCGAGCAUCGGCGGCAGCUGGAAAAUCUGUCUUUUAUUUGAAGCCGGUUAGUACCGGCGACGUCAAGAGUGCUGAUGUCGAGCAUAUAAAACGGUAUUCUGGUUCCUUCAAAGAUCGUAUCCAUGCAGAUUGUCUGUACCAGUACCAAGAACCUGUGAGCCCACACCUCGCAGCCAGUCUCGCAACCGGCAACGAUGAAACCCAAAUUCCCUCAGACCAGACGGUCGUGAACUCUAUUGCCCAUCACAUUAGACAGUGCGCUACAGCGUCGCCGUAUCCUUCCCACAUGUACGUGGAAACCGCUGGAGGCGUACAUAGUCCUACUCUUUCCGGCACGACGCAACUGGAUUGCUACCGGCCUCUUUUUCUUCCCACCAUUCUAAUCGGCGAUUCCAAGCUGGGCGGCAUCUCGUCCACUAUUUCUGCCUACGAAUCACUUGUCCUCCGCGGUUUCCUGGUCGAUGCUAUCCUGCUUUUCCGCGAUGAGUAUUAUCGCAACUGGGAAUAUUUGAAGCCAUACUUUGCCGAUCGUGGAGUACAUGUUUCAACUGUAAACGCGCCUCCUCCCUUACUUCCCAAUACGUCCCAGAAUCACGCGUCUACUGAAGAAUAUUAUCAUUCUCUCCUCACUAAGGACGACGAAAACGGUAUUUUAUCGAGCAUCGAGCACCUGGAUACUUGUCACAAGAAUAGGUUGGACGAGUUAGAAUCAAUGCCCCGUCGUACCCUCGACUCAAUCUGGUGGCCAUUCGUCCAGCAUUCACAUUAUCAAACAGAACAAGACGUCAAUGUCAUUGAUAGCGCGUACUCGGACUUCUUCACCGUCCUCCACCAAUCUUCACCGUCGUCCUCCAUUUUGCAGCCCCAGUUUGAUGGAUCGGCGUCCUGGUGGACACAAGCUUUUGGCCACACCCAGCCUGCUCUUACUUUGGCUGCUGCGAGGGCGAGUGGACGAUAUGGACAUGUUAUGUUCCCCAGAGCCACCCAUCUCCCUGCUCUCCGGCUUGCCGAGCGAUUGGUAAAGGAUGGCCCAGGCAAAGGAUGGGCAUCGAAGGCCUUUUUCUCUGAUGAUGGCUCGACUGGAAUGGAGAUUGCUCUCAAAAUGGCUUUACGUGCGUUCACAGUCCGGGAAGGAAGGGAAUUUGAUGACGCACAAAAGAAGUCAUUAGGCAUCCUCGGGUUGAAAGGGAGCUACCACGGGGACACUAUUGGCUCGAUGAAUGCCUGUGAGGAGAGUGUUUAUACGUGCGAGUGGCAUCAUGCGAAAGGCUAUUGGCUCGAUCCCCCUACGGUCUCCAUGCGUCAAGGGAAAGUUGUAAUAUCCGUUCCUUCCGCAAUUACCUCGGAAACAUCGACCAUCCAGGGCGACUCGUUGGCCUGGGUUUACGACGUCUCUGCUAGGUUGGGCACGCCCCUUGCGCGCUCUUACAAGGGACAUAUCGAGAAAACGCUGGAAACCCUCAGGCGUAAAGGACAGACGCUCGGCGCCCUCGUGUUGGAGCCUUUGGUCAUGGGAGCAGGAGGGAUGCUAUUCAUUGAUCCCUUGUUCCAGCGGGUCCUGAUCGACGUUGUUCGUGGACCCUCAUCAUCUUCAUGGUCAGGUCUCCCAGUCAUAUUCGACGAGGUUUUCGUCGGGUUAUAUCGAAUCGGUAUGGAGAGCACCACCUCUAUCCUUGGCGUCAGUCCCGAUAUUUCCGUCAACGCUAAGAUCCUUACGGGUGGUUUACUGCCUCUCGCGGUGACCCUGGCUUCAAACUCGAUCUAUGAGGCAUUCCUCAGUGACAAGAAAGCGGAUGCACUUCUUCAUGGCCACUCCUAUACAGCUCAUGCGAUGGGGUGCGAGGUCGCGAACGAGACGUUGAAGAUGAUUGAUAGUCUUUCGAGGAGUGAUGCGUGGAAGGAGGCUCGCGCUGAGUGGAAGAGCAAGGGUGACUCUGUUUGGAGUUUCUGGGAUCCGAUGUUUAUAGAGACAGUGUCCAGGAUGGAUAAUGUGGCAGAGGUAAUGACUCUAGGGACGGUGCUUGCGAUUAAGAUCCGAGACGACGCUGCAGGGUACAGUUCACAUUCAGCAGAGAUCGUGUUUCGUCCGAUAGAUCAACAUGAUGACGGAGGGAACGGCUUCUCUGCAGCACCUGGGGGAGCCCCGUUCGGUGUGCAUUUCCGUACACUGGGUGACGUGGCGUACUUUAUGACGAGUUUGAACACCUCAUCAGCUGUUCUGCGUUCUCUUGAAGACAGAAUUUGGACAAUACUACAGCAACAUUCAUCAUGAUGUAGGUGGAAAAAAAAAACGACUACUCCUGCGCGUUGCAUGUAGACCAGCCGACUGCGGUAUCGACCGAUAUCGCACACUAGAGCGUAUUGUAUGUAUGAAGUCAUAAAUACCAAAUACCAUCCUACUACGUCCAUCGUCCCGGAACGACAGGAACCGAUGCCGAAAGACCCCCG